AUGUUAAAGGCAACUAUUUCCAGGAUCUACUUGGCGACCCCGCCUCCGUUAGGUUCCCUCCCUCGGAGCCCGCGGACAGGACUACACAUAGGGGCAGCCUUUAAGAUGGAUCAUCCAGGAGCCCCUACACGGCUACUAUAUCAGGCCUACAAGAUUAACUGGAUAUUAACCGGCUUAUCUGGAAGAGCUAGUUCAUCCAUUACAGAGAUAUCUUGCCUCUUAUCUAGCAACACCUCUACUCUAUUAUAGCUGACGGCUAAAUUUUACAAAUGGAACAGGCAAUACGGCUACUUUUUAAUGUAAUAGCCCCUGCCAUUGAACUUAUCUCGGUAAUACUUCUUAAUAGAAAAAAAAAUUAUAAUUCAAGAUAAAUAUCGACCUAUAGGACAUCGCUCAUUAAUUUUAAUUAGCACGUCAUAAAUAAAAACAGAGGUUUACACUUAGAGUUUA